AGAGAAGUUCUGAUACAGGAAGUACCAGCACUGCCAGCCGUUGAACCUGAACUGGUGUAUGCACCUGAACCAGUCAUUGAACCUGAACAGGUUCAAGAGGCCCCCGUGUAUGCACCUGAACAACCGGCCGUUGAACCUGAACAGGUUCAAGAGGCACCCGUGUAUGCACCUGAACCAGCCGUUGAACCUGAACAGGUUCAAGAGGCCCCCGUGUAUGCACCUGAACAACCGGCCGUUGAACCUGAACAGGUUCAAGAGGUACCCGUGUAUGCACCUGAACAACCGGCCGUUGAACCUGAACAGGUUCAAGAAGAGAUACCCGUGUAUGCACCUGAACAACCGGCCGUUGAACUUGAACAGGUUCAAGAAGAGGUACCCGUGUAUGCCCUGAACAACCGGCCGUUGAACUGAACAGG